GCAGCCGCCGCGGCCGCCGCGAGGGAGGAGGCCCAGGACGGGCCGGGAGGCCCGGAGCGGCUGCCCCCGCAGCAGGCCGAGGGCGGCUCGAAGGCGGGCCAGGCGAGCAUACACAGCCUGGUCGCCACGAAGGCCGCCGCCGCGGCCGAGGCUGCGAGGGCGUCGGCGGACGCCACCCGCGCGGCCGCGGAGGAGGCGAGGCGGCUGGCGCCCAUCCGGGCGGCGGCCGCGGAGGCGAAGCGGGAGGCCGAGGCGCGGAAGGAGGCGGAGAAGGCUGCCGCCGCCGCGGCGGCCAAGGCGGCCGAGGGCCCCGCCGCCAGCGGCGGGGCCUCGGCUGCGGCCGCGGCGGCCGCCGGAGCAGGGGGCGGCAGAGAAGGCGCCGAUUCUGGGCAGCGAAGAUUUCGCAGCGCCAGCCGCCCUCGCCGACG